AUGGAGAUCGAAACUCCAAAUGACGACAUCACUGAAGUGGAGUUGGAGUAUAUUAAAAUCGAGAAGCACUGUUUCUCCUGUUUCUCGCUAUUUCAUGAGGAAUCAGACUGCCCCCAUCUACCUCCUCAUGCUCCUCCUCCGAAAGAUAGAGUACUGGGGAUUACUCAAAGCAUUGCUCUUCAACGCAUUGAGGCAGAAAAGAGGCGUCAUGAUGAUAGACGUGGUUACAGAAGACCCGAUGAUAACCGUGCAAAUUCUAGACCUGAUGAUGCUCGUGUAACUUCUAGACCCCACCAUAUGAGCUCCUCACAAUCAGUGAGAGACAGAGCUCCUGUGGGAAGGCCUUAUCCUCGAGUUGAUGAUCACAGAAGAGAUCACUCUAACCUGUCGCGUACAGCUCAUCCUCACUUUGAGCACCAUCGAUAUGGAGCUCCUUCUGUGCAAUACAGAGUAGUUGAGAAAAACAGACUCAGUUCGGGUUCAUCUGCUCCUCAUCUCAACUCAGUCAACCAGUCCAGGAGAGCUGAAAACAAUGGUAUCAAUCUUUCUGGCCAUAAUGAAGUAGAGCAACAAAUAAACUCUCGCAGAGAUUUUACACCAGUACGAAACUUGAGCGAUCGUCUAAAGUCUCCAGUAGCAGAAGAUGAUGCUCGAUUGUCGGAUUCCAGAAACGAGAUUACUCCAUCUCGCAACCUACAAUCACGCAUAGAAAUCCCUGCUACUAGGGGAGUUCACACUCACUCGGGAUCCAGAGAGAGGCGCUCAGCUCUUGAAAGACUCUCUGAACCAUCCAUGAGAAAGCCUCCCAGUUUUGAGUCUGGACGCCUGCAACUAAAUGAGGGAUUAGUGGAAGCAGAAGCUCAAACUGAACAUAUGGAAAUGGAGAUCCAAACACAGGAACCUGCUACUGCCUCUGUAGUUCAGCGAGUAAAUGAUAGCUCUACAAGAGCUAGUAAGAGAACUGGUACCUCGAUACCGAUGGCCCCUCAAAGCAAAUCGCUUGGCAAAAGGAAAGUUGUCUCUAGAAGAAAGAGUCUUCAGUUUCCUCAUUAUUUCUCAAUCCCUCCCGAUGGACUCAGUGGGGGACUCUCCCUGUUGUGGACCGAGGACACUGAUAUAACCAUUCUGGAAUCAUCCCCCAACCUGAUUGACACAAGAAUCGUUCAUAAAGGAGUUACAUCUUAUGUGUCUUUUAUCUAUGGCUCCCCUGCUACGGAGAACAGAGUCGCUUACUGGAGUAAACUACACUCGAUAGGACAGGGAAGGGAUGCCCCGUGGCUAUUGACGGGUGAUUUCAACGACAUUUUAAACAAUGCGGAAAAAGUAGGAGGCCCAACUCGUCCCGAAGGGUCCUUCUCAGCUUUCAGGUCUUUUGUGGCGCAAAACGGUCUGUGGGACCUUAAGCAUACAGGCGAGCAACUUUCAUGGAGAGGCAACAGGCAUACCCACUUCAUAAGGUCAAGGCUAGAUCGCGUUAUGAGCAACUGUGAUUGGGCUGAAGCUUUUCCUUUUGGGAGAUGUCGAUACCUUCGAUUUGAGGGCUCGGAUCAUAGACCUCUCCUAACUUACUUUAACUCGGAAAGACAAAAAAAGACGAGGUCUCUUCAGAAUCAGGAUGCUCUUGAGGCGGCUUUAUCCAGCGACACUCCUGACCAGACGCGUAUUGAUGAGAUCAACGCCACUCUCCAAAAGGCAUACAUUGAGGAGGAGCAGUUCUGGCUGCAGAGAAGUCGAAUUCAAUGGCUCAAGCAAGGAGAUAGAAAUACCGGCUUCUUUCACGCAGCUACUAGAGCAAGGAGAGUUAUAAAUGCCAUUCCGGUCCUGGAAGAUGUACAAGGUGGAGCAGUGUACGAGGAACAGGACAUCACCAGAGUGAUAUCCGACUACUUUUCUCAGAUCUUCAAGACCAAUGGGAAUGAUUCUUUUGAACAGAUCCAAGGACUUCUCUGCAGUAAAGUUACUCCGGAAAUGAAUAGUAUGCUGACAUCUAUACCGAGCGAUUCGGAAAUCAGAGAAGCAGUGAUGUCAAUCAACGGGAAUAAAGCCUCGGGUCCGGACGGAUUCUCAGCCACCUUCUACCAAUCUUAUUGGCAUAUAGUAGGAGCAGAGGUCAUCAGGGACGUCCGGGAAUUCUUCACUUCCAGCAUCUUGGAUCCUAGGCAGAAUGAAACCCACAGACUUAGACCAUUAUUGCCGUGUUUGAUAUCUGAUACUCAAUCAGCGUUUGUCUCUGGACGGGCUAUCUCCGACAACGUCCUCAUUACCCACGAGACCCUCCACUAUUUGAGAACCUCAGAGGCGACAAAGCGAUGCUCAAUGGCUGUAAAAACGGACAUGAGCAAAGCUUUCGAUAGGAUUGAGUGGAGCUUUGUUAGAGAAGGACUGGUGAAGCCUUCUAGAGGGCUUAGACAGGGAGAUCCCCUCUCACCUCACAUUUUUAUUCUCUGCACCGAGGUGCUCUCCGCUCUGUGCAAUCGUGGACAAUCUGAUGGCUCUCUCCCUGGUGUACGAGUAGCUCGCAGUAGCCCCGCUAUAAAUCACCUCCUCUUCGCGGAUGAUACCAUGUUUUUCUGUAAGUCGAAGCCACCGUGUGUCUCAGCUUUGAUGAAGAUUUUGUCCAUCUAUGAACAAGUUUCAGGACAGAGGAUAAAUCCACAGAAAUUGGCCAUCACUUUCUCUGCUAAAACACCGGCUGCAGUACGAGAUCGUGUCAAGCAGUCACUGGAAAUCUAUUCCGAAGGUGGUGUUGGUAAAUAUCUCGGACUUCCCGAGCAUUUUGGCCGUCGUAAGCGAGACAUCUUUGCCUCCAUUCUUGACAGAAUUCGACAGAAGGCACAUAGCUGGUCGGCAAAGUGCUUAUCUGGAGCUGGUAAACAAGUGAUGCUCAAAUCAGUGCUCUCAGCUAUGCCGUGCCACGCGAUGUCCUCUUUUAAAUUGCCGCUCUCUCUGUGUAAACAAAUACAGUCACUGCUCACUCGGUUUUGGUGGGAUGCUAACCCCGACAAGAAAAAGAUGUGUUGGGUAGCUUGGGAUACUUUGACGUUACCGAAGUAUGCGGGAGGUCUUGGCUUCCGAGAUAUUGAGAUAUUUAAUGAAGCCCUCCUCACAAAGAUAGGCUGGAGACUGCUCAAGGAACCAAACUCUCUGCUGGCUCAUGUCCUUUUGGGCAAAUAUGCGUAG